UUGGCGAAAGAAAGGGCCGGGCUAAUUAAUUUUCGACCCCGAUAGAACUCAUUAUCGCAAGCAUAGGAUCCAUUUCUCUUCGUCGACGAACCAGCAUUCCACACGCCGUUGGACGCCGUCCACCGUUGUCAACCCCACUUUGUUGUUCUUGGGCAAGCAGCGAAGACGGUUCGAACCCUAGGGCUUUUUGUACUCCCAAAAUCCGGUGCCAUGAGUAUAAGGUGGCCAAGAGUAUUGACACCUACCUACCUUUCCCAGAUUAUACAAUUGCAAAAAAACCCAUUAAAGGCUCUCCAAAUUUUCAGUGAAGUCCAAUCAAGGUACCCCAAGUACCACCACAAUGGUUCAGUGUAUGCCACUAUGAUUAGCAUCCUUGGAAAGUCAGGGCGAAUCACAGAGAUGAAGGAUGUGAUAGAGCUGAUGAGGGAGGACUCAUGCGAAUGCAAAGAUUCAGUCUUUGUAUCGGCUAUCAAGACAUAUGCUGAAGCUGGAAUGAUAGAUGAGGCUAUCUCUCUGUAUCAUAGCAUUCCUCGGUUUAACUGUAUUAAUUGGACAGAAUCUUUCAAUACCCUGCUGAAGAUAUUGGUGAAAGAGAACAUGCUUGAAGCUGCUCACCAUCUUUUUAGGGAGAGUGCUUAUGGUUGGCAAGUGAAGUCUCGCAUUCAGCCCUUGAACCUGCUUAUGAAAGUUCUCUGUGAGAAGAACCGAUCUGAUCUUGCGCUGCAAAUAUUCCAAGAGAUGGACUAUCAAGGUUGCUACCCAGAUAGAGACAGUUAUGCAGUUUUAAUGAAGGGAUUGUGCCAAGAUGGGAGGGUACAUGAGGCUAAGCAUUUGUUAUAUUCAAUGUUUUGGAGAAUCUCACAGAAAGGUUGUAGUGAGGAUAUUGCGAUAUACAGAACUCUUUUAGAUGCAUUAUGUGAUGAUGGUCAAAUUGAAGAAGCCACAGAAAUUCUUGGUAAAAUUUUGAGGAAAGGACUAAAGGCCCCAAAACGGUGUUGUCACCGACUUGAUCUUACUCGGUGCAAUGAUGGUGAGGAUAUAGAAGGUGUGAAGUGCCUAAUUCAUGAAGCACUUUUCAAAGGUGCAAUACCAAGUUUGGCAAGCUACAGUGCUUUAUCUAUGGAUCUAUAUAAAGAUGGCAAAAUUGUUGAGGCUGAUAAAGUCAUCACAGAAAUGCAAGAUAGAGGCUAUAGACCAACACCUCCUAUUUUUGAGGCAAAGGUGGAAGCAUUGUGUAAAGAAACUAAUAUAGAUGAAGCAAUAAAGGUCAUAGAGGAGGACAUGGUGAAAGCCAAUUGCCUGCCUACUGCCAGAGUGUGCAAUAUUGUGUUGAAAAGCCUAUGUAGUGAAGGUAAAUCAAUACUAGCCCUUGAGUAUCUGCAUAAGAUAUCCAAGCAGUCAGGUUGUAAAGUUGACAAAGAAGCUUACAGCAUUGUCCUGGAAAUGCUGUGUCGUGAAAGAAGAUAUAUUGAAGCAAGCCGACUUUUGGAGCAGAUGUCAAUUAAGUCAUAUUGGCCUUGUGAUAAUACUUACAAUUCACUCAUUGGUGGUCUUUGCUCUCUGGGCAGUCAAUAUGAAGCUGUAAUGUGGUUGGAGGAGAUGAUAAGCCAAGGUAAGCUGCCAGAAAUUAGGGUUUGGAAUUCUUUGGUGUCUUUAUUUUGUGAUUCAGAGAAGAUGAAAGUACCUACUGAAACAUUGCAUCGCCUAAGUAGGGCAUGAUUCUUCUUGCUUCUCUAUUCACAGGCUUAUUAGCAUUCAGACUGUCUUGCAGUCAUGUAACACUAAGUUCUAAAAUUUACCCCAAUCGCAGGAUGUCAUCUGUUCUAAAUUUUGACAGAGACUUAUUCUGAUUCCUCACAGGUAAACCAAUUUUAAAGUUGGUUCUGACUUCUGGACAUA